CAUACUGUAAUUCGUCAGCCUCUGACAGACUAAUAAACCUCACACGUCAGCGCCACAUUACACACAUUCACACAAACCAUUUAAAUCUCCACUGGACCUCGGAACGUUCCCCAGUGUCUCACACCACCCAAAUCCAACAGCACGGAGAAAAGACUCGGGUCUACAUCUGCUUUAACUGGAUCUCAAAUUUGGAAAACAACAGCUGACUUGAGGAGAUCAGGGUUAUCAUUUCAACCAGAGAGGAAUCAAAGGAAUCAACUCAAUGAUUCUAGACGACAGGAAAGAAAACAAAGAGGAGCGACAGCUGCCAGUUAAAGACACCAGUGUCAAGCUGGCAGGCCAGGACAAAGAUCCAGAGGCCCAUCAUGGGGUCAAGCAGGAGAAACAGGUGAAUGGUGAUGGCCACUUAAACUCCCCAACCAAUCACAAAAUGGUUCGAGCCGAGCUGGACUGGACGGUACCCAUGUGUGUGCACCUACCCAUUGAAGUUCUCAGCCCUGACCAGGCGUUUCCCUUCUUGAACACCACACUCGCUGACCUGGGCAUCGAAGAAUCAGCGGUGAAGGAGCGUGUGGUGUGGGUGGACACCAAGCGCACCCGUGUGAAGGGCAAGUCUGGGAAGCUGAAGGAGAAGGAGGUGACCGUUCUGGAGGUGCGUGUCAAAGCGCAGCACCCUGGAGAGCGUCAGUGUCAGGAGGUCCUCUACAGCACCGAGUCCCACACCGAUCGCUCCUUCUGCAGAAGCGGGGUGGACAUCAUCCCGUGGAGACACACACAGCCAGCUGAAAAUGAACUCCAGCCGGUAGAAAUGACUCUGGCUGUGGACACACUGUCAGAGACCAAGUCCAAAUGGCAGAAGACGGAAGAAAAACGAGACUUGCCAAGCGAGGAAUGAGUGGUAGAUGUUGGAAAGCUAGGCUAAAGCAAUCUAACACCUGAGAUGACACUUUCAGGCGUUUUAAACUGGUGCACAACAGUCUAAAUUCUAUGUGCUAUGCUGUAAUUGAAGGAUACGUUUGACUUAUUUUAAGUGACAGUAUAACUAAAGUUUUGUCUAAUGUUCUACAAAAAGAGGUUUUAAUCUGUUUUUUGUAUUUUAGAAUAUUCAUAAAUUUCAUCAGGGACAGCUUUAAACUACACACAAU